AACCCCGAAUUACUGAAAACCACACACUCUCUUCUCUCUCUCUCUCUCUCUCUAAACCGUAACCAAAAAAGGAAGACAGAAGAAGCCACCACCACUCCUCCACGAUAGACCUCCAAAUGGAGGACUUCUCCGCUGGGCCUCUGGUCCCAGCCGUCGUCAAAUCCGAGCAGUCCAAACCAACCGCUGCCGCCGAUCCGUCCGCGGCAACCGUCGGCGCCGUCUCUGGCGGUGAGAUUUUUCCCGCCUCCGAAGCGGUUAUGCCGGAGCUCGACAAGGAUUUUCUCUGCCCGAUUUGCAUGCAGAUCAUCAAGGACGCGUUCCUCACCGCGUGCGGACACAGCUUCUGCUACAUGUGCAUCACCACUCACCUUCGCAACAAGAGCGAUUGCCCUUGCUGCGGCCAUUACCUCACCAACAGCCACCUCUUCCCUAACUUCUUGCUCGACAAGCUACUAAAGAAGACUUCUGCUCGCCAAAUAUCGAGAACUGCUACCCCUGUGGAGCAUUUCCGCCAUGCAUUGGAGAAGGGUUGUGACGUGACAAUUAAGGAGCUAGACACCCUCCUGUCUCUCCUUGCAGAGAAGAAAAGAAAAAUGGAACAAGAAGAAGCUGAGAGAAAUAUGCAGAUCUUGUUAGACUUCUUGCAUUGCUUACGGAAGCAAAAAGUUGACGAGUUAAAGGAGGUGCAAACUGAUCUCCAGUUCAUAAAAGAGGACAUUAGUGCUGUAGAGAAACAUCGAAUGGACUUGUAUCGUGCAAGAGACAGGUACUCUGUCAAAUUGCGGAUGCUUGAUGAUUCUGGUGGAAGAAAAUCAUGGCACUCAUCAAUGGACAAGAACAGUACUGGUCUUAUGUCUAGUACUCUAAAUCUUCGAGGAGGGCUGUCUUCGGGAAGUUUGACUAAGAAAAACGAGGGGAAAUCCCAAAUCAGUUCUCAUGGAUAUGGAUCACAUAGAAAAGAUGGCAUCAGUGGAUCAGAAUCACAAUAUAUAAAUCAAUCGGGUGCUGCUCUAGUCAGAAAAAAGAGGGUGCAUACACAGUUUAAUGAUCUACAAGAAUGCUACCUACGAAAGCGUCGUCAUUCAGUAGAUAAGCCCCAUGGCCAACAAGAACUUGAUACAAAUCUCAUAAGCCGAGAAGGUUACACGGCUGGUCUUGAAGAUUUUCAGUCAGUUUUGACUACUUUCACUCGUUACAGCCGAUUGAGAGUCAUUGCGGAACUAAGACAUGGAGAUUUAUUCCAUUCUGCCAACAUUGUUUCAAGCAUAGAGUUUGACCGUGAUGAUGAUUUGUUUGCUACUGCUGGAGUUUCACGAAGCAUUAAAGUCUUCGACUUUUCUGGGGUUGUGAAUGAACCUGCAGAUUCUCAUUAUCCUGUUGUGGAGAUGUCUACACGAUCGAAACUUAGUUGCUUGAGUUGGAACAAGUAUUCUAAGAACCAGAUAGCUAGCAGUGAUUAUGAAGGAAUUGUUACUGUUUGGGAUGUAACCACUAGGAAGAGUCUAAUGGAAUAUGAAGAACAUGAAAAGCGUGCAUGGAGUGUUGAUUUUUCAAAAACAGAUCCAUCUAUGCUAGUAUCUGGUAGUGAUGAUUGUAAGGUCAAAGUCUGGUGCACAAGGCAGGAGGCAAGUGUUCUAAAUAUAGACAUGAAAGCAAACAUAUGUUGUGUCAAGUAUAAUCCAGGAUCUGGCAAUUAUAUUGCAGUUGGAUCAGCAGAUCAUCACAUCCAUUAUUAUGAUUUGAGAAACAUUAGCCGUCCAGUCCAUGUUUUCAGUGGGCACAAGAAGGCUGUUUCAUAUGUGAAAUUUUUGUCUAAUGAUGAACUUGCAUCUGCAUCAACAGACAGUACAUUGCGGUUGUGGGAUGUGAAGGACAACGUACCAGUUCGGACUUUCAAAGGCCACGCGAAUGAGAAGAACUUUGUUGGUCUUACCGUAAACAGCGAGUACAUCGCUUGUGGCAGUGAAACAAAUGAAGUUUUCGUCUAUCACAAGGAAAUAUCCAAGCCCGUGACAUGGCAUAAAUUUGGUUCGCCUGAGGUGGAUGAUGCUGAGGAUGAGGCAGGAUCUUACUUCAUCAGCGCUGUAUGUUGGAAGAGUGAUAGUCCCACUAUACUAACUGCAAAUAGCCAAGGCACUAUCAAAGUAUUGGUGCUUGCAGCUUGAAUGUGUUAUGUGUUUUAGCAAAAGCUGAUUCCUAUUGAUUGUAGGAUGCAAAUUGUACAUAAUAUUUGAGUGUAUAUGAUAGAUUUUAGAAAUCUUAAUGAAGUAGUCCCUGCGGACUUGUGAUAAACCAACUUAAAUUUUGAUUCUGCCAAUUAUGGACAUCGCCUUUAUUCCGUUA